CCGCCAUCACCUCAAAGAUCAACACCUCCUCGAUCACCUCCGAACCACCUUCGCCAAGACCGCCACCAGGAAUAUCUCCAUAACCACUACCAGCAUCACCUCCAAACCACCUUCGCCAACACCGCCUCCACUACCAGCUCCGCCACCACAUUAACGAUAGCAACACGUACCAGCAUCAUCACCACCUCCACAACCAGUAGUAUCUCCGCCAGCACCAUCAUCAAAUAUAACACUUGACCAACACCAGCAGCACCACCACCAUAACCAGGGUACAGAAUUGCAGCUUGGAUUGGCCACUGAAAUCAUUAAAGCUACUUUGUCAGUGAAGAGGAGGCUGGCAGGUGAACAGCUAGCUUAUUAUGCUCAGUUUGUAUGUAACUCGAAUACGAACCCAAAUUGCAUUGUGCGCAAUGAACAGUGAAGCUUGAUCUCAAAAGUUUUAGUAAGUGCGGAGCAUCCUAAUGGCUAAAGCUGGGGUGUUGGACAACAACACUUGUAAUAUGGUCUUAGCAUACCAUUGUCAUAAACUUUGUCAAUCUUGAAGGCAAUUCACUGCACUCUUCAAUUGUGGCAUGCAAAUAUUUCUUUUGCAAAAUUUUCACUGCUCUCUUCAGGUGAAUGUCAUUUUGAUGUCACUAGAAGCGGUGUUUCGUUUUUCUUCGGUCGGCCCUCCCCACCGUGGCAGCGGUGUUCUAGUAAUAAAUGGAAUGAAAAAUAUAAAACAUUUAUAAUGACCGUGAUAACGUCAAAGCGGCCAAUAAGACGUUUUCUUUUCACAGUCAUUUCCCAAACCUUCCUCAGUACCGUGAAGGCAAAAAGCCCUACACGAAGCAGAACCCAGAGUUGAAGAGAGCAGCCUUGAAAUUGCCUCCUUUGUUUGAAGGUGCUCAAGUCCAAGCUUAACAAACCUGGGGUAUUACUACUAGCAAAUUGAAUAAGCAAACAAGACAAGUUGGGUCUUGGUGAUACUCUAUCUAUCUUUCUGGAAUGGUGGUUCACUCUUGGUUCCGAACUAUUCUAGCCAGAAGGUAUCACUUUUCUGGUUUGUUUAGUUGCAAUACAAGAAGAUUUUGGAAUGGGAGGGAUCUAAUGACGAGGUCAUUUCCAUUUAUAAAUGAUGCUCAGACUCCAGCUACACUCGGAUUGUCACAGGAUUCGACCCUUUCGUUGAUCUCAUCAACUGUAUGGAGAUCUCCUGGAACUGUUGGAUUUUGUGGACUUGCUAGGGAAGAUUCAGUUUUGCCCGUAUUUGAUAGCGAUGAUGAUAUUUCAGAAGAUGUGGUCGUUGAUGCUUUGCCAUGCAAUGAUUCGCGAGAACUGAAGGAACCUUUUGAUGAGGUGAAUACUCGUGCUGGUAAAAGAAAAGCUAAAAGUAAUAAAAAGAAGUCGAUAGUGGAGUUUAGUAAAGUUGACGCUGAUUUACUUCCAACUGUUAUUCUAGUCGGACGUCCAAAUGUGGGAAAGUCGGCAUUGUUUAACCGUUUUAUUCAAAGGAGAGAAGCUCUUGUGUAUAAUACCCCAGAUGACCAUGUUACACGGGACAUACGAGAAGGCAUUGCCAAAUUGGGUGAUUUGCGGUUUAGGGUGUUGGAUUCAGCUGGUCUUGAAACAGCAGCAACUUCAGGAAGUAUUCUUGAUAGGACUACAGGAAUGACAGGUCAUGUACUUGCAAGGUCUCAAUUUGCGAUGUUCUUGAUUGACGUGAGAGAUGGUUUGCAGCCUCUUGAUUUCGAGGUGGGCUCGUGGUUGCGCAAACACGCGGCUGAAAUCCCUACUCUCCUAGUGAUGAAUAAGUCUGAAUCGCUUGAUGAUCACCGAGGAUACCUUAUGUCAGCUGCUGGCGAAGCCUAUAAAUUGGGAUAUGGGGAUCCUAUUGCAAUAUCUGCUGAAACAGGACUUGGUAUGGGAGAUCUUUAUGACUCGCUCCGUCCUCUUCUUGAGGAAUAUAUGCUCCGUGUCUUAAAUGAGAAGGCUAGUCAGAGUAAUGACUCCUCUUCUGAGGUUGACGAGUCCAAGUUACCUUUGCAAUUGGCUAUUGUAGGCCGACCCAAUGUUGGCAAGUCUACAAUGCUGAAUGCGUUGUUGCAACAGGAACGUGUUCUGGUGGGACCUGAAGCUGGUUUGACAAGAGAUUCAGUUAGAGCUGAGUUCCAAUAUGAAGGACGAACGGUGUAUUUGGUUGACACGGCUGGUUGGUUGCAAAGAUGGAAGCAGGAGAAAGGACCAGGGUCCUUGAGUGUCAUGCAAUCCCGAAAAAAUCUUAUGAGGGCUCAUGUCAUUGCUUUGGUGCUUGAUGCAGAUGAGAUUGCAAAAUCCAGGUGUAGCAUGAAUCAUGCUGAGGUAGUUAUAGCGAGGCGUGCGGUAGAAGAAGGUCGUGGUUUGGUUGUGAUUGUGAACAAGAUGGAUCUUUUGAGAGGGAAGGAAAAUGCUAAAUUAUAUGAGAAGGUCAUCAAAGCUGUUCCAGAAGAAAUUCAAACAGUUAUUCCUCAGAUAACAGGAAUUCCAGUUGUAUUUGUGUCUGCACUAGAGGGAAAAGGUCGGAUAGCUAUAAUGCGCCAGGUCAUGGAGACGUAUGACAAAUGGUGUUUAAGGUUGUCAACUGCACGUCUUAACCGUUGGCUAUGCAAGGUUAUGAGUAGGCAUUCAUGGAAAGAUCAAAAGGCAAAGCCAAAAAUCAAGUAUUUCACACAAGUGAAGGCUCGACCGCCAACUUUUGUGGCGUUUAUACGUGGCAAAACUGAAUUUUCAGACACGGACAUUAGGUUCCUAACUAGAUCUUUGAAGGAAGACUUUGACUUGGGGGGAAUUCCCAUCCGAAUUAUGCAGCGUGCUGUUUCAAGAAAAGCAGAUGCUGGUGCUAAAGGCAAUAAAUCUUGUGGAAGGAUGACAGACAAGAUUAUCUCUGACAAGAGAACUGUAUCGCCUGACAAGAUUUCCUCUGACAAGAGAACUGAAGAUUCCCCAAAACCAACCACUUAACGAGUUUCCUGUAUUGCGCCAUGCUGAUAGUGAGAAGAAGGAACAAGAUUGGUGGUGUUUGUAUUUGUCACUUAGGGAGCAAGCAAGCCGGUAAGGCAUAUUUCUCUUAUGGCUUUGUCAUGUGUAAGGCAUGGGCAAGUGGUAGCAGGUAUUAGCGGAUUGUGUGCACUUGCAUUCUUUAUUCUGAUCUGUAAACUCCUAUUUUGUACUACUAUUGGUUCAGGAAAUCUCACAGGCAUGCCUACUUCUUUGAAUAGGAAUCAACAACAGCAUAUAGUGUCUCCUGAUUCUGCAACGGGGGAGUCAUCCAGCUCCAAUGGGACACAAAACAGAUGUUCUUUUACCAGUCUGAUGAAAUUAAUCCAUUUAGGAUUUGGUGCUUCAUGCAUGUUAGUUUAGGAAUGAUCAAAUUUUGUCGUUAAACUACAUGUAAACUUUUCUUUGUAAAUAUAUCCAAUACCUGACAAUGAGACAUGUUCCACAGUGAUGUUUUUUUUGACCAAUCCUAUAUGAUGCGUCGUUCUGCUUA